GAUGAUACAAAUAUUUUUGUGAUAGGUAGUUCAGCACAGGAAGCUUUUGAAAAAGCUAAUCAUGUAAUGAAACAGGUCAGUAACUAUAUGGAGUCUAACAAGUUACAUAUAAAUGCAGGGAAAAGUUGUUAUAUGCAUUUUCAGCCAGGUUUGUCAAGAGCAACACAGACCUGUGCCAGAACACGGCCCUUUAACAGGAAUCUAACGAUUUUAAUAGAUGGCAAAAAGCUAGAAAAAGUUCAAUGUACAAAGUUUCUUGGGGUGAUAAUAGACGAACAGCUAAGCUGGGAACCACAUCUUAAUCAUUUAUCUUUAAAGCUGAACUCCAGUAUUGUAUCGAUUAAGAGAAUUUGCAAAUUCAUUCCCAAAUCUGAAUAUUUGAAACUAUACAAUGCUCUUUUUAUGUCACAUCUUAGCUAUUGUAUAAGUUGCUGGGGUGGUAUCCCUAAACAUAAGCUGAAUAAAAUCUUUGCAAUUCAAAAACGAUGUAUAAGACUGCUAUUUGGUAACAUUCCCAAUUUUGAUCAUAAAGAAUACUAUUUAACCUGUGCACGUUCAAGAACUUAUAACGAACAUAUGGCUAGCAAGAACUACUGUCUUGAACACACUAAACCGCUAUUCACUGAGCAGAAAAUUAUGAACCUGGAGAAUCUGCACAUGUACCAUACAUUUAUGGAACUAUUCAAAAUUCUUAAAUUUGAUGUCCCCCAGUCGAUUAAAGAUCUUUUCAAGUUCUGUCCUAGAAAUGAAAAACUUCGUCUGAUUGUCCCAUUACUGAGGUUAGAUAUCUCCCAACAGAACUUUUUGUACACCUCUACGAAAAUUUGGAAUGACCUCAGCCCCUAUGUAUUCGUAAUUUGUGAUGCUAAUAAAGAUGGGAUAAUAAUCCCGGGUUCUUCCAAGAAUUCAGACUUGUCAGCCUCGUCAGGUAUUAUUAAAUCUAACCUUAAAAAGCACUUGCUAUCCCUCCAAAAUCGAGAUGACCCUAAUACAUGCAACUUUAAAAACGAUAUAGAUCAUAGACUUAACUCUAGUUACUCAUUCCCCAAUUUUGGCAGAGAUUUGUAA